GUUACCACUUACCUGUUUUUCAUCGAAUUCAUAUCCCCGUUUCACCCUAGGCUGAAUAGCAUUAACAAAGACGAGAAAAGUUUAUUCUGCCACUUUCCAAAGCACAAACUCUGCGCGGUUUCUUUGUGGGAGGGAGAAAUGGAGUACUUGAUGGAAAUGGAUACACAGGAAGAAGAUGAUUUCCCAGAGUUCACAUUAGCUGAGAUUAUGGAAAUGGAAAUCACGUUCAAGGAAAAGGGAGAAAAGACUCUUGAUCAGGAGUUUUGUGAAGAGCUUGCAGCAAAAUUCAGUUCUUCACCUUAUCGUUCUGGGAAAACUGUCAUAGCUUGGGAACAGGUGAAAACUUGGUUCCACAAUAAGCAGAAUGGACUGGCAGCUAAAGAUACUCUGUUAUCUCUACUUAACGGAACAGAUGUGACUCCUCGGCCUGUAGGAAGACCAAAGAAAAUUAUCCCUAAAGAGUUAAACCCUUCCAUUCGUAAGAUAGCCUCACAAUAUGCGUCUGAAAAGUAUCAGAAGCCCAUAGGUGAAAGGGCAGCACAGCUGUCAGAGUUGGCUUUUGAAGCUCUGUCAUCAAAGGAUUUUGCUUGGUAUGAUGUUGCUACUUUCCUCAACUAUCGAGUCACAUAUUCGGGUGACCUUGAGGUUCGUGUGAGAUUUGCUGGAUUCAGGAAUGAUCAAGAUGAGUGGGUGAGUGUUCGAAGGGGACUUCGUGAGCGUUCAAUUCCACUAGAUCAUUCAGAAUGUGAUAAAGUCGAGGUUGGGGAUCUUGUUCUCUGCUUCAGGGAAAACGACGAUCAUGCUUUGUACUGCGAUGCACACAUUGCUGAAAUCGAAAGAAGAGAACAUGAUAUUGCAGGCUGCAGGUGCAUCUUCGUUGUCCGGUAUGACUACGAUAACACUGAGGACAAAGUCGAGAUUAACAAGAUCUGUCGCAGGCCAACCAGGCAGGAUUAAGGCUCCAUCAUCUUUGAACCUUUAAGAAACUGACAAUUGUUUCUGUUCUAAUGUAUGGGUCCUGUUUGACUGUUGUAACAGUGAAGAAAACAGAUUUGGCUGUACUGAGGAUGACACAUUCUUUUCAUUA